GCGGGCGGCGGGAUGGCGGCGCUCUACGCCUGCACCAAGUGCCACCAGCGCUUCCCCUUCGAGGCGCUCAGCCAGGGCCAGCAGCUUUGCAAGGAGUGCCGGAUUGCACAUCCCAUUGUUAAAUGCACCUACUGCAGGACAGAAUUCCAGCAGGAGAGCAAGACCAACACAAUCUGCAAGAAGUGUGCUCAGAACGUGAAGCUCUACGGCACGCCCAAGCCCUGCCAGUACUGCAACAUCAUCGCAGCCUUCAUCGGCAACAAGUGCCAGCGCUGCACCAACUCGGAGAAGAAGCAUGGCCCCCCCCAGGCCUGCGAGCAGUGCAAGCAGCACUGCGCCUUUGACAGGAAGGACGACAGGAGGAAGGUGGAUGGCAAGCUGCUGUGCUGGCUGUGCACCCUGUCCUACAAAAGGGUGCUGCAGAAGACCAAAGAGCAGUGCAAGCACCUGAGCAGCUCCUCCCGGGGCAGUCUGCAGGAGAAGGAGCAGUACAGGCUCAGCAGCAGCAGCCACUACAACAGCCAGAAAACCUUAUCCACCUCCUCCAUCCAGAAUGAGAUCCCAAAGAAGAAAGCCAAGUUUGAUGCCAUAUCUGCCAACGGGGACAGCUUCUCUCCAGACCUGGCCCUGGACUCCCCUGGCACUGACCACUUUGUUAUCAUUGCCCAGCUGAAGGAGGAGGUGGCUACCUUGAAAAAGAUGCUGCACCAGAAGGAUCAGAUGAUCCUGGAGAAGGAGAAGAAGAUCACAGAGCUGAAGGCUGACCUGCAGUACCAAGAGUCGCAGAUGAGGGCCAAGAUGAACCAAAUGGAGAAGACACACAAGGAGGUCAUGGAGCAGUUACAGGCCAAGAACAGAGAACUCCUAAAGCAGGCAGCUGCCCUCUCCAAGGGCAAGAAGCCUGAGAAGUCUGGAGCCAUCACCUCCCCCUAAAGCAACGUCCCAGGCUGGGAGCUUUCCCCAGCAUGAAGCCAAGGAGCCUGGGGACCUGCCUGGCUGCUGGGAGCCCAAACCUCUGUGUUGUCACCAUCCUGCUGCCUCCAGCAGCAUCCUGCAGUGGGGCUGGGGCUGGUCCCUGCUGAAUUCUGAUCUGGACCACGGUGAUCCAUGGGGAGAGGUCCCAGCCAUCCUCAAUCCCUGCUCCUGGAAAACUGCUUUCUGGAGGAAAAUGGUUUUUGCCUACCCAGCUCCUACCACUGCCAGCCCUGUCCACUAGCAAACAGGAAUCUGCUGCUGGAGACUUCUUACCCCUUCCCAACCUGCUGCCGGGAGGGCAGAGCUGGGAGCAGUCGUGCAGAGCAAGCUGGAGCUGCCUAUGCUGGGAGCUUGAUUUCUGUCUUCAGCUGGGCCCUCUUCAGAAGGAAGCUGACAACUCCCCAGCCCAGCAGCUGCUCCUGGGGGCUGUGCCUCUGCUGGGAGCAGCUGAUCCAUCUCUUUGAAGCUGCCUCCAAAGUGGGGGGCUCUGUGUUUAGCCUGAGAGCUUUGGGGUUGUUUUUCUCUGUCAGCUUGGCAAACUCCACUGCCUGCUUCUGUCUUGUCUUGGGUGGGUCAGGAGCCAGAGUGGGGCAGUACAGACCCAAACCCACCCAGCUGCCUCCCUCCUGGUGGCUUGGUGACCUCUGGAGGUUCAGUGACUUCAGCCUGGUGUGGCCCAGCCUCUCCUGCUCCAUUUCCUCACAAGGAGACUUCACGGCUGGGAUGUCCUCUCUGUUCCCUUGGCUCCUGGGUGGAGCUCAUUCUCUUCUCCCCUCACUGCCUCCCAGAUCCAGGAGCCAGAGCCAGGCUGGCUCCAGGGAGCUCUUCCUCAGGCAGUGCCCCAAGCCAGGCGGAGUUUGGGGAGGGCUCUCCAGGGAUGUUUCUCACUGCUGAUCAGAGACCAGCAGCAUAAAAGGGCUAUGAGUUCCCUGGAGCAGGGAGGUGCUGUCAGACACAGCACCCACAGCACCUACAGCACAACUGCCAGGGAGGCCACCUGGGCUGGGAGCUGCCCAGCCCUGGUGCUUGUGAGGAGGAGCAAAAAAGGCAC